AUACUCAAUCAUGCAAUCCAAACCGCCGUCGCCAAGUGAUUUCGUGUACCAAAAGAAUCGUAAUUCAUCUGCUUCCAUGGAUGAAAAACCAAGCGGAGGGGAAUUCCCGGUGCCUCCCCCCUCAUCAGAAGAACACCACGCAGGAGUAGCACCUACAAAUCGAUGUGCUACAUGUCCAGACAACCGCUCAUUCAAUAAACACUGCCAAACGAUCAAUCCUCAUCACAUGUGGCAAUCUCAGGAUGCGAUGUUACAACCCAAGCAACCCCCUCCCCCACAAUAUCAUACUCCCUGCAUACAUCAGGGUGCCAUGUCUUCUCCGUAUCUUCCCAACCCAGCACAGCCUCCCUUGAGCCUGACAAUUACCGUGGCCCCGGAUAGCCAAACCAUGAGCAUCCCAAAUGAUAACGCCGGACGAAUAGACCAUAUCUACACCGUGGUCAGCUCUGUGCAUGAUAUCUGUCUACAGUCGACUAAAACAUACCUCGAUACACAUCUAGUAAAUCGUCAAGCAAGAGGAAGUAAUCCACCACCAUACUCGGACCGAUUUCGAAGUCAUAGCCACAGUAGCAACAUGGAUACUACGUCUCCGCCCGACAACAACGAUAACUCUGAUUCCCUAAUCCCACCGUCCACCAAUUCUCUCCUCAAGAACGCCAGUAGCAUCUGCAACAUGCUAUGGAAUAAAUCACAAAGAGACCGCCUCGACGUCCUGAACGUAGAACUCAUGACCGUCAACAUCAUGGGACAACUCCUAAACUGGGCUGAGACCAUAGCACUCGGUGAUUACCAUGAGUGGUAUGGAGCCGUAAGGGAUGCCGAGGUCGCAUUACGAAAUGUAAUCGACGCGGGACUAAAUCUUUGCGCUUGGUUGAAUGUCCCAGGAGGCAUAAGGGACAUGGAAGCAUUAGCUACAGAAGAAGGAUUCGGUUUACGUGAAGAAAGAGCUGAGUGCGAGGUUGGCAUUGGGGGAUAUGGGUGUUAGUGGAGAAAAAGAGAAGUUAGAGAAACAUGAAAAGGAGUUUAUGUCAGCAAUGACCGGCACCGACCCAAAAAUUGGAUGAGAAGCGUUGUAUUAUAUGACCACUAUUAAUACAGGUAAAUCCUAACUGUUAGCAAUAUGAAAUCCUGAUAACUACACUUCACAAACGACCUAAGGCAUACUACUA